GUGUUGUUUUCAAACACACUUUUUCUUGGGCUCUGCUGUUGAACAUGUAUACAGUAAAAUCGCAGUGUCUUCUCGAUGGACAAAAAAAUGGAACGGUCCUCUCGGCAUCACCUUUGCCUGAUGAAAAUUUUGGAAGCUCCUUGGCCUCUUCUAAGGGGGGUAACUCUGCAGUUCCAUCCAGCAGUAUAAGUAGCAUGAUGGGAGGUGUUGUUGGGGUUGAUUCAACUUGGAAGCUCUUUAAUGAGGAUUCAACUUCGGUGGAAGAAGGUGUUGUUAUAUUUGUCACCUAUCAAACUGGACUAGUGGUAAAGCUCAUUCCAAAUUUGGAGGUGUAUGCACAACUUCCUAGGCCAGAAGGGGUUCGGGAGGGUUCCAUGCCAUACACUGCCUGGACAUGCUCUACGGGAAAUUCUUCCAAGGAGGCAGAAGAUAGGGUUUCUUUUCUUGUCAUUGCGUGGGAUCGUAGAGUUCAGGUUGCCAAGUUGGUAAAAUCAGACCUUAAGGAAUAUGCCAAAUGGUCACUUGACAGUCCAGCUAUUGGUGUUGUUUGGCUAGAUGACCAGUUGCUGGUGAUCCCAACUGUGUCGGGCCAUUUGUAUCUGUUCACAAGAGAUGGUGUGGUAAUUCACCAGACAAACUUUUCUGUGGCUGGUUCUUCUGGGAAUGACCUAAUUUCCUAUCAUACGUACUUUACAAAUGUCUUUGGAAAUCCUGAGAAAGCUUAUCAAAACUCUGUGGGUGUCAGAGGGGCUUCAGUAUACAUUCUCGGGACUGCGCAUCUUAUUAUCUCCAGACUUUUGCCGUGGAAGGAGCGGGUUGAUGUGUUAAGGAGAGGAGGUGACUGGAUGGGUGCAUUUAACAUGGCAAUGUCACUUUUUAAUGGUCAAGCUCAUGGGGUUGUUGACCUCCCCAAAACUGUGGAUGCCAUAAGGGAAGCCAUAGCACCCAGUUUAGCAGAGUUGCUAUUUUCCUACGUAGAUGAAGUAUUUUCUUAUAUCUCAAUAGCAUUUUCCAAUCAGAUUGAAAAAAAUGGAGUAACUCAUGAGCAAAGCAGUGGAACCAAUAAUGUCAAUUUAGAGAUAGAAGAACAAUACAAUCGUGUUGGUGGUGUUGCCGUUGAAUUCUGUGUUCAUAUUAACAGGAUGGAUUUGCUCUUUGAUGAGAUAUUUUCCAGAUUUGUGGCUGUACAACAAAGAGAUACAUUUUUGGAGCUUUUGGAGCCUUAUAUAUUGAGGGAUAUGCUUGGAUCUCUUCCUCCUGAGAUUAUGCAAGCGCUGGUUGAACAUUAUAGUAGGAAAGGAUGGCUACAAAGAAUUGAGCAGUGUGUACUUCACAUGGAUAUUUCUUCCUUAGAUUUCAAUCAGGUAGUCAGAAUUUGCCGUGAGCAUGGGCUUUAUGGGGCCUUGCUCUAUCUUUUCAACAAGGGGUUGGAUGAUUUCAGGUCACCUCUGGAGGAACUCCUGAUUGUCUUACGGAACAGUGAGCAACAAAGGGCUACAGCCAUUGGUCAUGGACUAGAGGAAAACCUAGAAUUCAAAAGGUUCAUUUAUUUCCAUCUAACAUGAAAUUAAUCCUCGAAGGCACCUAUGCAUAUAGCUAAUUUCAAUAUUAUUGCUGUCUAAUAAAGGUUUGAUUUCCUGCAUGACACAAUAUAGUUGUUGUCUGAACCUUCAAAAAUUGCCCUUUUUUUCU